AUGGGUAUCGAAAAGGAGGUGCUAGAGGAGCUGCAGCGCUCGUGGGAAGCCAAAAUCGUCGCGACCCAGGUAGCCGAGUUCGAAGGAGCCCCUGCCUUGCCACCUGCCAAGUCUCGAUCGAGCAAGAAGCCGGAGCCCAAGUCUGAGGUCAAAUCCGAAAACAACGGUACCAACGGUCAAAGCUCGAGCAGCAACGGCGCUGCCGAUCAGCACCGUAACAAGGUGUCGCGUGGCGAUGGAUCCACGGACGUCGCAGGUGGAGCAGAUGGCCGAGUCAACGAUGGGGCUCCUGGAUCUGCUGCCAAGGCGGAAGAUGACGAUGCAGCUGCUGGUCAGAAGCGCAAGCGUAUCAGCGACGACGACGAGAUCGGAAGCGAUCUGGACGAUUCGGACGACGAAGAUCUCGAUGGCGGCGCAGACGGUGACAACGAUGACAUGGUGCUGUGCCUCUACGACAAGGUUCAGCGCGUCAAGAACAAGUGGAAGUGCGUGCUCAAGGACGGUGUCGCUUCGAUCGAUGGUCGUGACUAUCUUUUCGCCAAAUGCAAUGGCGAGUUCGAGUGGUAG